GUGUUCCAACGAUUUUCAUUGCGGCAAACCACAAGAAAGUAUAUAUUCUUAGUUAUUCGGUCAAAUAUGUAUUAAUAAUUAAUUUAAUGCACAUGUGUGUGUGUUUGUUAUCGUGAAUAUCUUCCUUUAAUACGCCCAAAUUAAACAACAACAAAUAAAGUUGACGGCGUUUUCACCGUAGCAAGAGUUAUUAACAAAUUAGUAAUGUCACGGCCAACAUCGUUAACACUUAACCCUAUUCUCAAACUUUGUUUUAUGUGGUUGUAUUCAUCACUCAACUGUUUGGCCUAUUAAAUUUGCCCUUCAAUUUUAAGACAAAACGUUUCUCACAAAAGGGAAUUUACAAUAGGAUUUAUUGUGGCAUUCUUCACCUACUUUAUUGUGGAUUUUUACCCUUUGCUGCCACCUCACCCGUUACCGACAAUGCCGCCUACAAGAAGGCAUCGUUUUAUGUCAUUUUAAACUAUGCCAUUACCAUUUUGAGAUUACCAGCAUUAAUUUUCACCCUAUGGGGAGUUUGGUGGCAUAGCAAAAAUCUUUACUGUGUGAUUCAAGACUUCGAGAAAUUGCGCUUGGAGAAUUUCCAUAAUUUGAAGGAAUCGAAACGAUACCAGAUAAUCAAGAAGAACGAUCGGUUGGUGUGGUCAAAAAUCCUAACAACACUGAGUGUGAUGAUCAUGUUCUACUUUCGAAUAUUUAUGUUUGCCAAAGAACCCUCACUGAGUUUUAUUUUGUUGUCCAUUUAUUUCGGCUGUUUGGAGUGUUUAACUAUUUACACCAUAAAUUUCUUUUUCUGUGGCAUAUGUUAUGCCAAUUGUGCGCUACAUUAUGUCAAAGAGAUAUUGGAUGAACUCGAAGGAGAUUCAAUUUCAUUUAGAAUACAUCGCCUUUCCCAAGUGUUCGGAGAUAUUUGCAAGACCACUAAGAACUUGUUUAUCAUUUUCCAAUGGCAAAUAUUGUCCAUAAUGUUGGCAGCAAUGAUUGCGCUGAUUGCCUUAUUCUUCAACUUGAUAAUCCUGUGGUUUACAUCGCCGAGGAUAUUUCAAAUUCCUGUGAUAGUUUUAACUCUGCAAGCAGCCUUUAUAAAUAUGGGAGAGAUUUUUGUAACGGCAUAUGUAUUGAAUGACAUGAAGGAGUGCCUGAAGGAUAUACAGCGAGUUCUGAUGGAACUCACAUGGAAAUGUGAUUUUUUCAACAACAAGGAGUUGGAUAAUGUUAUGGACAUGUUUUCGCUGCACCUGUGUGUUCGAGCACCUCAAGCUAAUCUCUGUGGAUUCUUUGAUUUUGAUAUGCGUAUAGCUAUUAAAUUCUUACAAGCAAUGCUGAUUCAUUUGAUAUUGUUGGUGCAAUUUCAUUUCAGACACAUGGUGUAGAAUUGUAGUGAAAUAGAAAAAGUAAAGGGUCGAUUUGGUGGCACUAAAGAAGAGAGUUUUAUAAAUCGGGAGUCUAUAAGGCAGUUCAAAAAUGUAAAGUAGUACUUUCAGAGUUUUGUAUAAAUUGUUCUAUCUAUGCAAGGUUUCUCCAGUAACAUUUAAUAAACUCUCCGUAUGCAAUUUUUCAAA